AUGGCGAGGCCGGGCUUCUCCAAGACAAUCCUUCUCACGGCAACACCAGGAGAGAAGCCCGUGAAUGGGAUCAAGUGCAUCCCGAUUGACUUCGAGGUCAUCUGGAUGCCCAAAGACAGCCGGCCGGAGCUGUUAGAUUGGAAAGUCUCGCAGAUCAGCGUCAAGCUCGGAGUUCCUGUGAGGGCCACACGCCGUCCAGUGUAUCCUCCCGUGCCAGAUCCACCUUUCAACAACCGCGUCCCGCCACUCUUCAUGAAAAGCGACAUGGAUGACCCAGAUUUCGGCGCCUCGGGGCACAUCAGCUGGCUGCAGGGAGACUUCGCGGUGCAGCGCUGCGACAAGAAGGACCUCGAGGUGGAUCAGCUCGCGGCCUUGCUGCAAUACAUCAGCGGCAACUUCGUGAUAGCUUCCUCUUGGGAGUUUCCAAAGUUUCCAAAGGACGUCCAGAACUCGAUCAAGGCAGAGAUUAGCAAGAAAGUCAAUCCAACCGCUUUCGCCGCCUGGUUUGAGGACCGACGCCUGCAAAUGAUUGCGGAAGGCCACAAAGUGUGGAAAGAUCUCCCGUGUCCCGUCGUGUUCGACGGCUGUGCCGCUUGUGGAGAGAGGGGGAAGGAUGGGCAGGAACUGCAGCUUUGUGCCGGGUGCAAGGAGGCCCGAUACUGUACAAAGGCCUGCCAGAAAGCACACUGGAAGCAACACAAGAAAGCGUGCAAAGAAGCUGCGCAUCACAGAAAGGCCCACCUGCAUCGGACGCUCCAGCUCGUCCUAAACUUGUGA